AUGGGUAUCACCACCAACGCUUCACCUUUCGACUCCAUCAUCUUCGAUUUGGACGACACCUUGUACCCCUUCACCACCGGAAUCGACUCCUGCGUCAAGAAGAACAUCGAACUCUUUCUCAUCGAGAAAUGUGGAUUUUCAGAACCUAAAGCACUCACUCUCCGAGUUGAACUCUUCAAAACCUACGGAAGCACCCUCGCUGGUUUGCGAGCUCUAGGCUAUGAUAUCACCGCAGAUGAAUACCACAGUUUCGUGCACGGAAGGCUACCUUAUGACUCGAUCAAGCCCGACGUUCAGCUACGGAACCUCCUCUGCACUAUCAAACAAAGAAAAAUUGUUUUUACCAAUUCGGAUAGGAUUCACGCGAUGAGAGCGUUGGAUAGGCUUGGGAUCAAGGACUGUUUUGAGCAAAUUAUUUGCUUCGAGACUAUAAACCCGAACCUUCCGAAUUCGACCCGACCCGACGAAUUCCCUGUCCUCCUCAAACCAUCGCUGGACGCCUUCAAGAUCGCGCUCCAUGCUGCCAACGUGGAUCCGCGUCGUACGCUGUUUCUAGAUGACAGCGUGCGAAACAUUGCCGCGGGGAAAGAAAUGGGUCUCCACACAGUUUUGGUUGGGAAGACAGUAAAAAGCAAAGAAGCAGACUAUGCUGUGGAGUUUGUGAGCAACGUGGCGCAAGCGAUUCCGGAGAUAUGGGCGAACGAAAUGGACGGUGAUGAUGAAACGAUGACACGAACGAAGAGUGAGUUGGAGUCUGUGUUGGCCACUGCCGUGGUUGGAGCUUGA